AACAACCGCAAAAAGGAGAAGUGAUUGUUUUGAUCUGGAAAUGAAAAAUGAAAAAUCUUCAUGAGAAGUAUUUUUUUGUUUAAAUAAUUUCUUCGCCCAACUAAAGACUGGAAUGCUGAUCUGUUAACAACAUGCCCUUAUCCCGACGUGUGAAAUUUCAGAGUAGUGGUGAUUCAGGUUUACAUGUGGUGGUGAAGACUUGUCUAGGUAAAAUGUCAGCUGGUCAAGAUGGGAAGGUGAAAUCAGAAGAUAGCCAGGAGGAUACCAGUGUUCCAAGUCUUACAUCAAAAAAUCAUUGUUGUAAGUUAUUGCAGGGUUUACAUGACUUGCGCAAUACUGACACCCUCUGUGAUUACUCUGUGAUUGCUGAAGGUCAAGAUGUACGUGUUCAUAGAGCUGUCAUGGCAGCUUGUAGUGACUACUUUAGGGUUAUGCUAACAAGUGACAUGAAGGAGAGGCGAGAAGCUUGUGUCGAAUUGAAAGGCGUCACUGCAAGGGGUUUAACUUUUGUCGUAGAUUUUGCAUACACAGGAAAACUUGAAUUAAGUUUAGAAAAUGUUGAAGAUGUUUUGUUAGCUGCUACACAUUUACAAGUUGCAGACGCAGUAGAACUGUGUAGUAGAUAUAUUGAAACUGCCAUUACUGUGGAGAACUGUGUUGACAUUUUGAACUUGGCAGAAAUGUAUAAUUUAUCAACUACAUAUAGUAAGGCUAGACAAUACAUGCUGGAUAAUUUUGAAAUAUUAGCUGUGUCUGAGCAAUAUUUAAAACUUACAGCAGCCCAACUAGCUUCCAUGUUAGAAGAAAAUUGUCUGUGUGUUGUAUCAGAAUAUAAAUUGUUUGAAUUAGUUUUACAGUGGAUCCGGCAUGAUUUGGAAAACAGGAAGGGGUAUAUUGCUCUUUUAAUGCGUAAUAUUCGAAUUCCGCUAUUAUCUGGGGAGGAAUUGGUAGAAAAAGUGAGUCGAGUUGAUUUGAUGCAGAAUGAUGCAGAAUGUGUUGAUUUGAUAACAGAAGCAAAAGAUUAUCAUAUUGUUGUUAGCAAGCAACCAUUGUUACAAAAUCCUCGAACACAAGUUCGAUCUGAGAGAAGAAGUCUGAUCAUGAGUCAUGCUCACAAUGUAGAAACAUACACAUUUAAAACUAAGAAACCUGGCUUUUUACGCGAUGCUCCCGUACCUCUGUAUAACCCUUCAGUUGUAGUUGUAGAUAAUUUCAUGUAUGUUUGCGGAGGAAAGUAUGACAACAAUGAAAAUAAUGAAAUUGCAACUGCCAGGUGUUUCCGAUAUGAUCCACGUUUUGAUUCUUGGUACGAGACUACAUCAAUGAAUGAAUCACGUAAAGAUUUUGUUAUUGUGGCUCUAGAUGGAUGUCUUUAUGCAAUAGCAGGUCAGGAUGAAAAUAUGGUGAUGUGUACAGUCGAACGAUUCUCUAUUACCAGAAAUGAGUGGGAUAUGAAGGCAUCAUUAAAUCAUUCUGUUUAUGGACAUGCUGGUUGUGUCUGUAAUGGUAAAAUUUAUAUAUCAGGUGGACAGCGUUUUUCUGGUUGUUGUAAAAAUGUUCUGUGUUACACCCCUGAGACUGAUACUUGGGAUGAAAAAUCGAAUUUGGUACAUGGUCGUUGUACCCAUGUAAUGGCAUGUGUUAACGAUCGCCUGUAUGUAUUUGGUGGUAAUAUUGAAGAUAACUAUGGUUUUCCUGUACCCAUUAUCGCUAUUGAAACUUAUAACCCACUAACUGACCAAUGGACCAUAUGCGACAAAACAUUAAAUAUACGCGAGGCUGGAGCAUGUGUACUGGACGAUAAAAUCUAUAUUGUAGGCGGGAUUAAUGGAGAACAUUAUUAUUCUGAUCUAUUGGAAGUAUAUGAUUAUAAAACCAACACUUUAAAAGCAGAAGAAAAAUUUCCAACAAGGAUAUUUGGUAGAGCUUGUUGUGUUCUAUCAUUGCCUCAAUACGCUGGGUAGUUUAAAGAGAAUGAUUACUGUAUUUUAGUUUACACUGAGCCAACAUGUAUACACCAACAUACUGGGACAAUUAAAAUUGAAAAAAAAAUCUGAUUAAAAUAGUGAUCACAUAAAUAUUUGAAUAAUUCACAUUCAGAUUAUUUUUAAAAAAGCCAUUCAAACUGAUUUUCUUGUAUUAAUUAUUUGAUGUCAAGUAAAACAAAUGGAAUUGGGUUUUUUUUUGUCUCCUUUAAUUUUAAGACAAUUAAAACUGAAAUGAAUCUACUUUGUUUCAUAUUCUUUGUUUGAUAACAUCAGUUAAUUAUAAACUUCAAUCUAAUGCAAUGUGAUCAGGUUUUUUUGGGUCUCCUGUAGGAAAUAUUGAUUAGUUAUCCAUUAAUAUUGAUGAUUAAUAAGUGAUAUGGAAAAUAUAUUGAUCUUAAAAAAGUCACAUUCUGUAUAAAUCUAAAACAGCACCAACCCACCACAAUGCAAAUACUUAUUAAGGACUUAUGUUUGAAUAGUAUAAUUGACAUUCAACGUGACUUCUAAUCAAAAUUUUAUGGUUUUUUUAUUUAUUUUUCUUUCGGCUUAUUUUCAAUAUUUGAUAUUUUACCAGACUCAAUUUUAGUUAACAUCUAAAUAGUUUUAUCAAUAGGCUGAGAAAAUGAAAACCCCAAGACAUAGUCCACUGAUCCAUAUGGGCUACAUGUAUAAAUUCAAUGAAGUUUAGUGCAUAACACAACCAACUUUAGUCAUCCCAACAUCAGCUGUUAUUCAGGAAUAUAUAUUAGAUCUUAUAUAUGAAGUGUAGAAAACGAGAACCAUAAAAACGAAACAAAAUUAAGAUGUAAUUUGAAUUAAUUACAACUCAUUCUCAUUUAACAAAAUCAAAACUCCUUUAGAAAUAUAAGCCUUGUCUUUUUUGAUUGGAUUGAAAUAUUGUAAUUUUAUGAAAUGUCAACAAUAAUAAAGAGACUCCAGUGAGAUGUGAGUUGUAUUUAAGCUUAUAAAUCUUUGUAUAGAAAAUGAUGUGUCAAUUUUUAAAAGAAAAUCUUGUACUGAUGUGUAAAAAAUGCAGUAGGUAUUGGAUUCAUUGAUUGCAAAAUAUAAUCAAUAUCAAAAUCAAAUUUUUGAAAAAUAACAAAAAAAAUACUUGUAAUAUAAUGCAUAAUGUCGACAAAUUGAAAUUGUGCAUGUCUUAAACUUCAAAUUGAAAUUUUGCAUGGGUCUUAAACUACUAGUUAGAUGAUGUCUGUUAUCAGAAACUGUAUUAAUAUUUAUAUCCAAGCAAGCCAGUACCAUACUGUAAUCAAAUGUUACCACAUAAAUAGUUUACACUAAAUCACACAUUGUUGAAUGGAAAAAUGGGAAGUUUUUUCCAUAAUGGGUCUAAUUAACAUUAAAAAAUAAAUACAAUGCUUUAAUCAAAUUGUAUAGAAUUAAAAUAUAAGACAGUAUUGUUUGUUGUAAAUAUGGUAUUUAUUACUUAAUUAUAGGUAUAUAUUGUUUUAUUUUAGUGAACUGAAAAAUGCCAACUCCAUUCAUACUUCCAUAUUGUAUUGGUGUAUAAUGCUAGAUGUUUUAUAUUGACUAUUUUCUACAUUGAAUAAAAUGUGAUAAACUGAAGAAAAUUAUUAUCAGAGAUUAAAACUUGCUUUUAAAUACAGCAUUUUUAGAUAUUUUAUUUAUUUGUAAUACAUGUACAUGUAGUUACUUGUUAUUAUGAAUGUUACUGACCAGUUACAAAUUUAAUGGUUAAAAAUGAGUUCAAACAUUCAUUAGGGUAUGAUUACAUCAGAUACCAUUCCAUAUUAGCAGAUUACAAAUUUCCAUUCUUUAACAGUAUUUUAUGAUAUUGUCAUAAUUAAACAGGACAAAUUUCAAAACAUCUCACCAAACGUCCCACAUGUUCUCAGGGGUAUGAAGAUUGCAAGAUGAAAACAAAUUAAUGUAAACUUGUAAUGGCCAUAUUGUGUGUGGAUAUAAGCUUGUAUUUGCUAUUUAUGUUGGAGUGUUGUCCCUAUAAAAUGAUAGAUUGUCUUUGAAUUGGGUAAAAAUUAAAUUGUCUUUCCUAACAUAUAGCAUGGUCAUAAAAGCUAUCCCAAUUCAUGACUUAAUUUGACCCAAAACGAACAAAGAUUAUCUCAUUUAGUUAUGCUUACUUAGUAAAACCAUUGUAUGAUUUCAUUAUUAUAAUAUGCCAGAUUCUUUGGUUUUUGAUUGUUUAUUAUAAUGACACAAAAUAACAUGAAAACAAUAAAAAUGAGUUGAUGGUUAA